GGGACGGAGGAUGCAUCGGGGGGGGGGAUGACUGCAUCAAAGAGCAAAAAACAUACAAACUCAAAAGAAAGAAAGCCCCAAUCAUGACUCCUGUAAAUCAUAGAGGCCGCGCCUUGUACAUUGUUCCGCAAUACAUGACGAGCCGCCCCCGCUAAGUGUAGGCUGGCCUGAGAGAGAUGUCAUCUCCGGGCAUGGGCACCCCCACUGACCCCCUCUUGGCCAGUCCGGGAGGGAGGUUAUCCACGGCCCAGGAGGGUCUAUGGAGGAGCUCACUCCCCAAAACCGCCAGCUUCCCGACGUCCACCACUCGGCACCUCAGUCACCGGGCGAACAACUUCCAAAGACAGCCAAAGCGCCGGAAGCUGAUAAGACCUUCUCCACCCCCGCCGCCCAACACGCCCUGUCCUCUGGACCAGCUGGACCUCAGUGAACUUCCUCCGAGGCGAACCUUCCAGGAGCUACUCUUCAACGGCUGCGUCCUGUUUGGUAUUGAAUUUAGCUACGCCAUGGAAACGGCGUACGUGACGCCCGUCCUCCUGCAGAUGGGUCUGCCUGAUCAAUUCUACAGUUUGGUUUGGUUUAUUAGCCCCAUACUAGGAUUCCUCGUUCAGCCUCUCUUGGGAGCUUGGAGUGAUCGAUGUACAUCCCGCUUUGGUCGAAGGAGACCUUUUAUAUUUGCCUUGGCCAUAGGGGCUUUGCUUGGUCUAACCCUGGUGCUGAAUGGACGGGACAUUGGAAGUGCUCUGGAUGACACAGCUUCAAAUCACAAGUGGGGAAUUGUCCUGACGGUGUGCGGCGUGGUGCUGAUGGACUUCAGUGCUGAUUCGGCCGACAACCCGAGCCAUGCCUACAUGAUGGAUGUAUGCAGCCCAGAAGACCAGGAUCGGGGGUUGAACAUCCAUGCACUGCUGGCAGGACUAGGAGGUGGAUUUGGCUACAUAGUGGGCGGCAUCAACUGGGACCAGACACAGUUUGGCCGGUCGAUGGGAGGUCAACUGCGGGUCAUAUUCAUGUUCACGAGUGUCACUUUGGUGUUCGCCACAAUCAUGACUCUGUUGAGUAUCCCCGAACGGCCGUUACCAAAGAGCCAGCCAAACAAAAACUCCAGCAAAAACCAUUUGAAGAGCCCCAGUCUUCCUCUUCCUCCCUCUCCACCUGUUGCCCCCGGAUCCACGUUUGGACUGGAUGAGGAAGAUGAGGAUGCUCUUUACAGCUACAAUAUCUCAACAUCUCGCGCUCCUGACCCACUGGCCCAUUCUUGCAGUGCCAAUGCAUGCCUCUGUCCUGGCCUCAGUAGCCCCAUAUCGCCACUGAGCCCCCUCACUCCAAAGUAUGGCAGCUUUAUAAGUAGGGACACCUCACUUACGGGCAUCAAUGAGUUUGCCUCCUCAUUAGGAACCUCCUAUAUAGACAGUGUGCUCAUAGACUGCUAUACAGGUCAGCAUACGCCCCAAGCCCUAGCCCCUAACUCCACCACCGCACCACCGCCUCCAGGGGACUCCCCUCUUCCUGAGGGGUUCACACAGGGGACAGGGAGUCAUCCUGUAGGACAGACCCUGGCUGAUGUGGCAUCUCAUCCGGCUGGAGGAGCUCCGGAUGCAGAAGUGCCCCAGCGCGAGGGAGAUGCACAAUCCCACGCGGCAUCUCAGGUCACAGCUGGAGCCGGGUCACAUCGGGGGUCCAAUGCUGGUAUCCUGAAGCGACCCCAGAGUCUUGCACUGAUCGAGGAGCCCAUGGAAACACAGAUAGUUGGGCUGGAGAACGGACGCAGGAGAACAGUGACCUUCAGCCAGCAGGUUGCAAACAUUUUGCUGAAUGGGGUGCGCUAUGAGAGUGAUCUGAGUGAGAACGUCGGGACGGGAGAAUCCCAAUUGUCACUGAAGCUGCUGUGUAUAGCCAUCUACAGGAUGCCUCCCUCCCUGCGGAGUUUAUGCACUAAUCAUUUUUUGGGCUGGCUGUCCUUUGAAGGCAUGCUGCUCUUCUACACCGACUUCAUGGGGGAGGUUGUGUUCAAAGGAGACCCCAAAGCACCCCACGACUCGGAGGCUUACCAACGCUACAAUGCUGGCGUAAGCAUGGGCUGCUGGGGCAUGUGCAUCUAUGCAUUCAGUGCUGCUUUCUACUCAGCCAUAUUGGAGAAACUCGAGGAGCGUUUCUCUCUUCGCACUCUGUAUUUUUUCGCCUACCUGGCGUUUGGUCUGGGCACCGGCCUGGCCACAUUGUCCACCAACCUCUACGUGGUACUCUCUCUCUGUGUCACCUACGGGGUGCUCUUCUCCUCUCUAUGCACGCUGCCUUACUCUCUACUGUGUGAAUACUACCAGAGCCCACAGUUUUGUGGCUCGUCAGAGGAAGGGACCAAACGAGGGAUGGGGGUGGACAUCUCUCUGCUCAGCUGCCAGUACUUCCUGGCUCAGAUCCUGGUCUCUGUGGCGAUGGGACCUCUGACCUCACUGGUGGGUGGGGCCCAGGGAGUGAUGUACUUUGCAAGCCUGAUGUCGUUCGUGGGCUGCCUGUACUCCUCUCUCUGCAUGGUGUACCAGCUGCCCCCCCCUGAGGGUGAGCCCCCCGAUAGCGAGACCCAGCCACUGUUGGUGCACAUUUAGAAAAGCCUCUUAAUUCACCUUUACCUCACAUUCACAUUCACACACACACACUCGUACACACACUCGCGCCGAGCAACGGCGCAAGUGUGUUGACCUUCCCACCACUGAUAGGGCAAACGCACUGUACAUCCUGCCGCACACUGUACAGCACAACGCCAUAUGUUGUUUCACGCUAAUCAGCACCGCUCUUCUCAGAGCUAGACAGACAGACAGACAGACAUUGGCCACUGCUCUAUCAUGUGUAUACAUGACCAGUGUGCCCAUACAGUGUGUGUGCCCAUGCAUCCUUUUUCCUAACUUUUGCAAAAGAAUGUGCGACCUUUUUGAAUGAGGUGUGGGACGACUGGAUUUAUUUGUCGGUGUGUGUGAGAGAGAGUGAGACUGUGUGUGACUUUGUUGAUUAUAGUUCUUGUGUGAGACUCUUUGUUGUAAAAUCAUCUUUUCUUGCCUCUAAAUUGUGUCAAUCACUACACACAGGCUAACCUCAGCUUUCCCCUCUUUAUCUUCCUUUAUCAGUUGCCUAACGUCUGCAUGAGCUGCAAUAUAAUGUUUUGUUUUGGGUCACACGGCCAAGGGAAUGUCUACCUGCCUGUUCCUCUGAGUUGGCGUACUUGCAUCGCACCUCGAGCAGGAUUUUUCUGACUAAACGAAUGUGCUGCCAGUGAACACUCAUUAUUAACACUCACUAUUGCUCUUUAGGCAUAAUUUAGCGAACACAUACUUGAUAUUUACGUGAAGCUGAACAGUGCUUAAUCACAGUUGCGGUCUUGAAGGGCUUUGCAUUAUUUCAACUGCCAGUAGAAACUAAAACUUUCCACACGAUCCAGUCAUUAUGUGACUAUUCUAUCCCCACAUUUCCCUUUUUUUUGUGCUGGGUGACGCUUAAUCAAGCCCCAUGUUAUCAGUACAAUGACAAUAAAUUCCCUGAUCAGCACAGAGCCACGACUAAUAGGAUGACACACACUAACACACGCUUGUACACAAACUUUCCAAAAAACAAAACCACAGAUAAAUGUGUACUGGUGGCAGAUUCUGUCUGGGCCCUCACUAAGCCAUGGGCAGCUCAGUGAGCUGUCGCCCUUCUCCUGGCCAUGCCAUUGUAAUAAUGACAGUGAUUCUUGUCAUUAUCAGGAAGAGGAGAAGUUGAAACUGGGGUGUGAAUCAGCAUUCAGUCGGAAACCGAACAAAACUGAAGAACAGCAAACAGGGAGAAGAUUCAUGUGAACUAUGGGUUAAACCUGAAGGUGGACAACAGUGAAAGAAAGGACUGGGGGGUGGGGGGUUCACAGAGCCAGCAGCAAGUACUUAUUGUCAUCAUUAGGGCGCAUGCUCAAGGGAGUAGGCUUCUGCUCCACCACCCUCCGCCCAUCCACUUGGUAUAGUGAUGACCUUACAUUUGUUGGCCACGUUCCUCACAGGAAAGUAUCACACUUCAUUCCCUUCCCAUCCAAAAAAAAAGGAAGCCAUCUCCAUAAGCACAAUGGUACAUGUCAUUUAUUUUGUACAUGUUUUGUGCCAUGGCAAACUGCUUUGUCUGUUCGGCCUCGACAGAAACCAGGCCUCGAUUCAGGGCUGUAACAUAGAGGUAGACUUUAGUAUACAACCUGUUUUAAAGCCUUUCGUUGUGACGUUGACUGGCUCACACAUCCGAGUGCCCCGACAUUGUGGUGCCAGUCGUGAUCGCUGCCUCUGCAGAAUGUCAAUAAUUGGCUGUGAUCAAAGCCUAAAGACUGACUGGAUGCACGCCAUGUCAAUGUUUCUGAGGAAACUGCAAUUGUAUGGAUCAUGCGGUUGCAGAUUGCUUGAAAAACCGGGGGAAAAAAAACAUUGAGUAUUUGUGUUAUAUGAUUCCACGUAUUGCUCAAUAUUUGCAGUGUUACUGUAAAAGCUACAUUUAUUCAGGGUUCAGUUCAAACUAAAAUGAUCGUUUUUCCA